AGUAGUCCACUCCGCUGUCAGCGCCUGCAGUGCCCCAAGCUCCAGAGCCGUCUUCCAUUGUCGGAGGUGCGCGAGUGCUCGAGGCGCAUACUGGCAACGCCCCCGUCAGUUCACUCGCUCACUCACUCACCAGCCCUCGCUCAGUCAUCCGACUCAAAGUAUCCCGUCUGCCCAUCGUCACGUCUCAUCUUCGCCCAGCGUACCGCAUACCGCAGAGACCCCGCCCCGUCUCGCAGACUGUGCUGCCCCUUCACCAGGCCGGCCCAUGCUUCAUCGUCGGUGCAGCGGGUGAGCCUCUCCAGGGGCUGCGGAACGGGAAUCUCGCGACUCAAGUCGGGUCGAGCUCGCCAACGUUGAUGGAGGCCAUCCGACUGACGGCUCACACCCCGACGACAACGACACCAUGACCGUCUUCGCCCUCAUCAUCAUCAACAAGGCCGGCGGCCUCAUCUACAACAAGACCUUCCACGACGCCGGCCUGCAAAAGAUUAGCACAAACGACUACCUCGUCCUCGCGGGCACCUUUCACGGCGUCCACGCCAUCACAGCCCGCCUCAACCCCGUCCGGCCGGCGACCCUCCCGCCCACACACCCGCCCGGCGCAAACAUCCUCCCCAGCCGCCCCGAGCCCUCUUCCGGCCUCGAGGUGCUCGAGACGGAAAACUUUCGCAUGCAGUGCUUUACCACCCUCACCGGCACAAAAUUCCUCCUCUUCACCGAUACCACGCAGACAAACGUCGACGUAACGCUGCGGCGCAUCUAUGACCUAUACUCCGACUACGUCAUGAAGAACCCCUUCUACUCACUCGAGAUGCCUGUGCGCUGCGACUUCUUUGACCGCAAGCUGCUGUCGUAUAUUAGAGAGAUAAACAACCGGUAAUAGAUCGCAUUCUAGCUAUGUCGGACUUGGCGUAGUCGAUGGUGUCUCAUGGCGCAGGGCCGGACGUCUUGCGGUCGUCAUGGCAUACUGUAUAUCUAUCUACCCCGGUGAUGUGCUCCCGCCAUCUAUUGUACAGCUAGACGC